AUGGGUAGUAAUAAAAAAUGUUCUGUAUGUUUAGGAAAAGGAAAUGAAGAAGAAUUAUUAGAUUGUCAUAAAUGCGGGGAAGCUUAUCAUAAAAAUCUUUGUGGUAGUCAACUUUCAAGAUCCCCAAAUUAUUGUAGAAAAUGUUUAGUUAAAAAUGAAAAUAUGUCAGAAAGUCGUAAAUUAAAAGAAUUAUUAAAGAACCCAGCUUUAUUUUUAGGAGCAAGAGAAAAAAGAACAACAGGUGUAAUUGAUUCCAUUAAACAGCAACAUAAUUUUAAGGAUGAAAGUGACAACACAAAACUGGGUCAAAAGAGAAAAAAAGAUACUGACACCGAUUACAAUAACGAUGACGAUGACGAUGACAAUGACUAUGAUGAUAAUCAAAACAACAGUGAAAGCGAAAGUGAAAACGAAUAUCAAGCCUCCAUUUCAAAACAUGGUUCUAAAAUGUUAAAUAAAAUUAAAAUUAGAGUAAAUAAAAACUAUGUUAAAGAUGCAAAGAAUUUUGGUGAAAUUUGUAGGGACAGUAUUGACCCGAAAUCAGCAAAACAAUGGUUCAAAAUUACAAAAGAUAAUGAAGGAUAUGUCAAAAAGUAUUAUCUUAAUGAGAAAAUCAAAGAUGAAUAUAAAGACGGUGAUAUUAAUUCGGAUGAUAGUUUUGAUUUUUCAUCCGAUGAUGAAAUGGCAAAGAGAACGGGUAAAACAGGUUUCCACUAUAGGGAAAAGGCAUUCAAAACAUCUUUAAAAUGCAUAUCAGAUCUGGAUUCAUCAAUCGAACAUAUGUUCAAAGUAGUCAGUGUCAGAACCUUAGAUAAUAUUAGCGAUUUCUUUACAAAUACAUACCCAAAAAAAAAAUAUUCUGAUAUAAAAAAUAUUGUUAUGGAAAGAGGUGGCCAAACCAUUCAAGAUAGCAUUCAUCAAUUACCAGCCGCUAUUUUAUAUGCUUCAUCAUCAAGCCCUGAAGUCGAACAGUUGUUUAACUCAAUACCAGACAAUGUAAUGCUAAGACUAUCACUUAGACAACCAACCGAAUAUGGCAACUUUCAAAAAAUGGAUAUGUUUAUUCCACCCAGAGUAACUUUGAAUCCAGACCAUUGCAAAACCUUUAGAUCAACAAUUACCAACAUUUGUCAAAAGCUAACCUCAAAUUAUAAUACCUCAAAAUAUCCAAACCUACACUUUGAAGAUUUAUCGAGAUGGUACCAUGACAAUUUCACAAUUCCACUCUUAAACGAAACUGUAAAUAAUUUUAAAAACAAACAUGUUCAUACAUGGAAAGAAAACGUCAAAGAAUUAUAUAAUAUCACAUUAGCAAAAACCCCAGUUAUCAUAACAAUUGAAUUUUUCGAGUCUUGGAAUACCGACAUUUUAUCGGAUUUAAUUUCACUCCUAUCAUCAUAUCGUCAUAAAAUUCCAUUUAUUCUGUCGUUUUUAGUAUCAACCAAUUCGGAUGCAAUCUUAAGAGUAUUACCAUAUCAAACCGUUCAACUUUUAGAACUAAACUCAUUCCAUCUUAGAUCUCAAAAUCAAAUUUUUGAAAAUUUGAUUAAAAUUUUAUUUUUAAAAGAGCAACUAUUUAUUAUUGGGCCAAAAACAUACUCAAUUCUAUAUAAUAAUUUUAAAAAUAAACACAUGUCAGUAUCUCAAACUUUAAAGGAAUUAAGAAGAGCAAUCAGUGAUCAUUAUUUAAGUUCAAAUUUAAGCUUUUUAUGUGACAAUUUGACAUAUCUAGAUUUAAAUGAACUUGGCGAUUUAGAAGCACCAACUGAAAUUAAAUCUCAACAUAAUAAAAAUGCCAAAAGAAAUAAUGAUGAUUUAAUGGCUAAAGUUAAAACUCCAUAUAAUAACGAUAAUAAUAAUAAUAAUAAUAAUAAUAAUAAUAAUAACAAUAAUAAUAUGAAUAUGAAUAUGAACAAUAAUAAUAAUAAUAAUAAUAACAAUAGUAAUAGUAAUAGUAAUAAUAAUAAUAAUAACAGUAGUGAAAAUGUUAACAAUGUAAAUAAUAGUUCAGAAAAUAACAAUAAAAUAAAAGAAAAAAAAGUUAAUGAUAAAGAUUAUUCAGAAACAUCAGACGAAGAAUUAAUUCGACAAAAAGCAGUUAUAAGAGGUGAAGCUAUUGAUGAUACGUAUAAUCAAAAAGAAUUGAAAAGUCCUGAUUUAGAUUUUGGCAGCAAAAACAGAAGCAAAAGUUCAUCCGAAAGCGAUGAAUCUGAUACCGAGGAGAGUGAAAGCGAUGAAAAGAAUAUAGGAAUAAAAAUCGAUCAACCAACCAAGUCCUCAAAAAUGGAAGAUAAAGCCAUAAGAACUGCAAUUAAAAACUUAAACUCAAUACAAAAAUACGGAGAAAACCCCCAAACUAAAGAAUUUUAUGCCAAUCUAUUAGUAUUCAAAGCCUCAAGACCCUAUAUUUUGGAAAUGUAUCAUACAAUUUUAUCUGAUCUUACGAAACAUAGCAAUUCCAAAAAUUCUACUGUAGAAUAUCCAAAACUUGUUCUUUAUAUCUCUCAAGAAAGUGACAUCUACUUUAAAAAACUGCGCGAUAGUAUUUUCAAUUUACCAAAGGAAAUAACAACAAUUUCCUCAAUCAUUUCAUCAUUGAGAAUCUGUGAUAAAACAUUCGAAAAAAUCAAAAAACACGAAAUCAUCUAUUUAGAACACAAUACAUCUUACAAAGAAAAAGCAUAUGCAGUUACUGAGGAAAAAAAAAAAAAGGUUUCUGAUUUAAUUACAGAGCUUAGUAAACUAUCAAAAUCAGAUGAUAUAACCGCACCCAUAAACGACCAAGUAAGAGAAACAUUAAACAAAACUUUACUUAGCGAGUCAUUAAAUAAAUUUUUAAAUUUGAUUGAAGAAAUUAAAGAAUAUUACUUUAAAGACAUCUCUCUCCCACUCCACGAGCCAUUUAAUCUUGAUCAAUAUAUUAAUGAAACAUCAAAAGCAUUUGAUUUCAAUAUAACUGAUCAACUAAUAAGUCAACUUAAAGAAUCACACGGAUACCUAGGUUGUGUUCAAUGUAAGAAUGAUCCUAGCCAUUUUGAAGAUAUUACAAUUGUAUAUGAAAUAUUUAGUACUCAGCAAAGAUUUAUAAAUUUACAAGAUUGGUUAACUGCAUUUUGCACAAAGAAGAACCCUACUAAAACCAUCCCCACUAAAGAAUUAAAGGCGAGAUUCCAACAAGCAGUAGACACUUUACAAAUGUUUGGUUUUAUAAAGAAAACUUCAAAGAGAGUCGCUCAUGUUGAAAAAAUUUUAUUUUAAUUAAUUUUAAUAAUAAAUAUUCUUUUUUUAUAAAAUAAAAUAAAAUAUUCUUUAAUGCCCCAAAUAACUAAUUAAUUUAUUACAAAUAUUUUAUCAAUUUGUUUUUUCAAAUAAUAAACAAGUAAUCAAAAAAUUCAAUCUACUCUUUUCAUUCAAAUAAUAUUUUUUAUUGUUCAAUAAUCACCUGAUUAUAAUUUAAAAAAUGUCAAAAAAAUUAGUAAAAUGAAU